AUGGCCGCCAACGAUAUAGAAAACCAGUCUUCGUCCCCUGCCCCCACGUUACACGAUGAGCCCACUGUGGAUGACAAUGAGCGACAAGGCAUCAACUCACCAGAGAUGAAAGCCAAGAGAGGACUGGUUAUCAAGAUCCUCACUGGAGUCAUGGUAGCCAUUCUCGUCAUCUUCCUUGCCGACCUUUCAUACCUCUUCGGUUCAUCCUUCCGAACCAACGAUCGAGUCUCUGCCCUUAAGAUCCUUGUCGUCGAUUACGAUGGUGGUGCUGUUGGCGAGUCCGUCGCCAACGCUUACAAGAUGUUGGAGGACAAGUCUUUCCCAUCUCUCGAGUUCCACUCCGCCGAUGAAUACCCCGAGACUUCUGAUGUCAAGAAGAGUGUCUGCAAGGCUGAUUACUGGGGUGCUCUGUACAUCAACAAGGGCGCAUCCGACCGUCUGGCUGCUGCUUAUGAAGGUGGCUCUGCUGCUGAGGACUACAAGCCUGCCGACAGCAUCACCUACGUCUACAAUGCUGCUAGAUAUCCCACUGUCGCGUCUGGUUAUCUAAUCCCCAACUUCCAGGCCAUUCUCGGCGCUGCUCGUGGCGGUUACUACCAGACCCAAGAAGGCCGCUCUGCUCUUCGCAGUCUCAACACCAGCGACCCAGCCGCUGUCGAGGCCUACCUCAACCCCAUCACCAGCACACCCGAUGUCAUCCGCCCUACCAACCAAGGCUCCCGAACCCUGUACAAUACCAUCAACAUCGUCAUGGCUAUUCUCGGACAAUUCUUCUACGUCCUCGCCAUGAAUGGCAUCUACGACAAGUUCGGCCUUCACAAAAAGAUGCGCGUUCGCGAUGUCUGGGCUAUGCGCUUCAUCAACGGCAAGAUCUUCUCCAUGCUUUUCGCCGUCGUCGUCACCGGCUACAUCUGGGCUUUCCGCGAGGAUUGGGGCGUCAGCGGUAGUCAGUGGGCCUUAACCUGGUUGACUUUCUGGCUGUUCAUGGAUGUCAACUUCCAGGUUCUGGAGACUGUCAUUGGCAGUUUUGUGCCAAUGCCUCUUACACCUUUCUUCCUUCUUACCUGGUUCAUGGUCAACGUCGCUUCUGUUGUCUAUCCCUUUGAGCUUACCGCUGGCUUUUACCGUAUUGGAUACAUCUUCCCUGCUCACUCUCUAUGGAUCGUUCUCAUCCAAGUUUGGUCUGGAUGCGGCAACUCUCUGCACAUUGGUCUACCUAUUUUGUUUGCUUGGUGGGUUGUUGGACAUGUCACUGCUUUCUUCAGUGUCAAGAAGAGAUGUUUGGAUCAAUCGAAGCCUCAAGCUGUUGAGGAAGGAAAGCAAGAGUAG